AUGUCUUAUAUUCUCGUCAUUCUUUCUAUUUGUCUUUUUUUAUCUCUUUUCCCUUUUAAAGUUUUUGUCCGCCCGUCACUCCCCCUCUUUUCUGUUUUUAUUUCUCUAUAUCUCACAGCUUAUCUUAAUUUUUGCAACUUUCUCUGGAUAUCUCUCUUAUCUGCUCUAUUGUAUAUUCCUUUCGUCUUUCUCGUUAGCCUACAAUAUAAGACUUUCUAUUCAAUGUUUGUUUCCCAAAUUGGGAUCGCACUACGCUUUAUCUUCUUACCCGCUGUGCGGCCCGCUGCCAAAGCAUAUAUACCGUCGGUUAUUUGUCCGUAUAUCCACUCCGAGGUACUUCUGUUCGAAGACGAAUCUGCUCCCAAAGACAAUUGCAUAGCGAAAUAUUUAUCUCCCUCAUCACUCCUCUCUAAUUCAUCCUUUUUUCUCUCUCUCAUCUUCCCGCUGCCACAUCCUAUUUCUCUUUUUAUCAUUCUUCUAGUCGUUCACUCAUAUCGCAUUCUUCUUCCCUCUCUCUCUCUCUCUCUCUCACACACACACACACACACACACACACAUUCUCUGUUUCUCCUUCACUCAUCCCUUAUCUCUCCAAUGAAUCACUCUGAUCCUUCCUCUUUUUAA